UCUUUGCAGAGCUGGCUCUUUUGUGUCUAUUUUUAGUCAUCUGAGCUCAGAAGAAAAUCUGGAAAGCCCUGGGACAUUGGAAGAGUAAGAUAAAAGCCCAAGUUUCCAGUGAAAGAGAAAAGUGACAGAAAACCACUGCAGCUAAACUCAGAAGAAAGGGAAAGAAGGAAAGCACACUUAGGACUUUCUCAUUAAGGCAGCUUGAUUUCCAGUUCUAAAGAAUCUCUUCUCCAGGAGAAGGUCUUUUCUCCCUCAGAGCCACUGACAAAGGUAACACCGUGGACAUGGCCUCAGAGAUCCACAUGCCAGGCCCAGUGUGCCUCAUUGAGAACAUUAAUGGGAAACUGACGGCUGAUCAGGAAGCUUUGAAGAUCCUGUCUGCAGUUACGCAGCCCGUUGUGGUGGUGGCUAUUGUGGGCCUCUACCGCACAGGUAAAUCCUACCUGAUGAACAAGCUGGCUGGGAAGAAAAAAGGCUUCUCCCUGGGCUCCACAGUGCAGUCUCACACCAAGGGAGUUUGGAUGUGGUGUGUGCCUCAUCCCAGUAUGCCAAACCAUACCCUAGUUCUGCUUGACACUGAGGGCCUGGGAGAUGUAGAGAAGGGAGACAAUCAAAAUGACUCCUGGAUCUUUGCUUUGGCGAUACUACUGAGCAGCACCUUUGUGUACAAUAGCAUGGGAACCAUCAACCAGCAGGCCAUGGACCAACUGCACUAUGUGACUGAGCUGACAGAUCGAAUCAGAGCAAAAUCCUCACCUGAAAAUAGUGAGGUUGAUGACUCAGCUGACUUUGUGAGCUUCUUUCCAGCCUUCGUGUGGACUCUGAGAGAUUUCUCCCUGGAGCUGGAAGCAAAUGGACAACCUAUCACUGCUGAUGAGUACCUGGAGCUUUCACUGAAGCUAAAAAAAGGUACUGAUCAAAAAACCCAAAGCUUUAAUUAUCCUCGAUUAUGCAUCCGAAAGUUCUUCCCCAAGACGAAGUGCUUCAUCUUUGACCGGCCUGCUCAGAGGAAGUACCUUAUUAAACUCGAGCAGCUCCAGGAGGGAGAGCUGAACCCUGAGUUUGUAGAACAAGUUAUGGAGUUCUGUUCCUACAUCUUCAGCCAUUCCAAGCCCAAGACUCUUUCAGGCAACAUCAUAGUCAAUGGACCUCGCCUGGAGAGCUUGGUGCUGACCUAUGUCAAUGCCAUCAGCAGCGGGGAUCUGCCCUGCAUGGAGAAUGCAGUCCUGGCCUUGGCCCAGAUAGAGAACUCAGCUGCAGUGCAAAAGGCCAUUGCCCACUAUGAUCAGCAGAUGGGCCAGAAGGUGCAGCUGCCCACAGAAACCCUCCAGGAGCUGCUGGACCUGCACAGGGCCAGUGAGAGAGAGGCCAUCGAGAUCUUCAUCAAGAGCUCCUUCAAGGAUGUGGACCAAAAAUUUCAGAAGGAUUUAGGGGACCAGUUACAAGCCAAGCGUGAUGAUUACUGUAAACAGAAUGUAAAAGCAUCCACAGAUUAUUGUGAGGCUUUACUUCGGGACAUAUUUGGUCCUCUAGAAGAAGAUGUGAAGCAGGGGAUAUUUUCUAAGCCAGGAGGGUAUCGUCUCUUUAUUCAGAAGAAACAGGAGCUGAAGAACAAGUACAACCAGGUGCCCAGAAAGGGGAUAGAGGCAGAAGAGACAAUGAGGAAGUACUUGGAAUCCAAAGAGGAUGUGGCUGAUGCACUUUUAAGGACUGAUCAGUCACUGACUGAAAAGGAAAAAGAAAUUGAAGUGGAACGUAUAAAGGCUGAAUCUGCAGAGGCUGCAAACAAAAUGCUGGAAGAAAUGCAAAAGAAGAAUGAACAGAUGAUGGAACAGAAAGAAAAGAGCUAUCAGGAACAUGUGAGACAACUGACUGAGAAGAUGGAGAGGGACAGGGCCCAGCUACUGGAAGAGCAAGAGAGAACUAUAGCUCUGAAACUUCAGGAACAGCAACGACUUCUCGAGGAAGGAUUUGCGAAGGAGAGCAAGAAACUUCAAAACGAAAUCGAGUCUAUCCAGAGACGCAGUCAGAGGGGCUCGCAGUGUAUCAUACUCUAAAAAUCUAAAGAACAGAGUUUCCUUCUCUAGUUCCUUCUCCCCACAGCAUAAGUCAAAUGAGCAACUUCAGAUCAGACAAUUGACACUAAACUUGAAGUAAUCAUGCUUGUACUUUUCUUUUUCUCAGCGCUCGCCCAGUUGAUACCCCAGGCUCCCCAUUUCCGUUCACCCAGCUUUCCUGCCCCUUCCUGCCUUCUGAACUUGUUUUUUGAAUAAAUGCUACCCUUUCAGUUUCAUA